AUGGAUUCAGAUCGGGACGUGAUGGACGACAGCAAACUAAAUGCGAGAAUCAUUGUCUCCAGCGAGGAUACAGGGAGUCCACGAGAAGACGAUGAAGAGAUUCUUGAUAUCACCAAGCCGUUUCCCGAUCUCCCUGGCGGCCAGCCAGAGGAGUCUGCACAAUUUACGAUUCGAGCUGUCAUAGUUGGUACCAUUCUAGGAGCGGUAGUAUCGGCCUCGAAUAUGUACUUGUGCCUCAAGACUGGAUGGACUUUUGGUGCAUCGCUAUUUGGCGCAAUUUUGGGAUUCGCAAUCCUCAAGCCAGCCAGCACCUUCCUGCCGAGACAACUUGGAGGAGGCUACUUUGGACCUCGCGAGAAUGUUGCCGUCCAGUCAGUAGCAACAGGAGCAGGCAGUCUCUCAAUUCUCUUCGAGGGAGCAGUCCCAGCGCUCUACCGCUUGAACCUCAUGUCGGCCACACCCAAAGAGGACUUUUGGAGAUUGAUCACGUUCACCGCCGUGUGCGCAUUCUAUGGCUGCUUCUUUGGAGUCGCUCUGCGAAAGUUCUACAUCAUCAGACUCAAGGGAAUCUUCCCAACCCCAACAGCCACAGCUGUUACGAUUCGUAGCUUACAUGCCGCUGGAUUGGCGGGCGAUGCCAUGCGGAAAGCGAAAGUAUUGGUGAGCACCUUCGUAGCUGCUUGUUUGUUCAAGACGGCGAGUAUCUAUGCACCUGGAAUCAUGUGGACAUGGAACGUURCCUGGUGGAUCUACUCGACGACAGCAUGGAAAAGUGUGAUUGCGGCAAGCAAUUGGGGCUGGAUCGUGGAGCUAACGCCGGCAUUCUUCGGAGUCGGUAUGCUCACUGGAUUGAAUGUUGGACUGAGCUAUCUGGCAGGGUCCGUGGUUGCUUGGGGAAUCAUAGGACCUGCGACUUACCAUACAGGCAUUACAUUUGGGAAUCCCAAAGCAAGCAAUCCAGAUGUUGUGAACUACAAGUCGCUUGAAUUGGACGACCCUGUCAACAGGCCUUCCGCCCGAUAUUUCCUUCUGUGGCCGGGGUUAGUCUUGCUGAUGUGUGCCACAUUCACCGAAGUCGCCAUGAAUGCUCCCGCGCUGUGGAAAGGUUUGAAAUUGGUCAUCGCCUCGAACAUGAAUCGGUUGCCGGAGAACAAACAUUCUUCGAGAAUGAAGAAUAAAGCGGAGGAGUAUCUCUUACGAGAAGACAGCGAGGAUGACGAUCCAGCGCCACAGCACGAGCGUGUGCCUGUGUGGAUGUGGGCGUCUGGCGUGACGCUGACAAUGUUCUUCACAUGCCUUGUCCUCGCUCUGCAAUACAACAUGAGUGUCGGGCUCUCAAUCCUCAGUGUCGUGCUAGGGUUCCUCUUCUCUUGCAUCGCAACUCAAUGCGCAGCAUCUGCUGAUAUCGCGCCUGCCUCAUACUGCGGGAAAGCCUCUCAAUUAGUCUUUGGAGGGGUGACUUCGAGCUCAUCGUACACUCUUCACGACAAGCAACUCGUCAACCUGGUCGCCGGGAUUGUGGCUACAGGUGCCGCAGCACAGAGCACUGAUAUGGUCUCCGAUCUAAGGACGGGAUAUCUUCUCGGGGCUUCGCAUCGUGCUCAGUUCUAUGGACAAGUCUGUGGAAGCUUCGUGGCAGUAUGGCUGAGCGUAGGAUUGUUCCUUCUCUUCACAGGCGCAUACCCGUGCAUCUUGGACGCUUCGAUCGAAGAGUGCUCGUUCAGCACGCCUGCACUCGGAGCAUGGGUCGCAGUCGCUGAAGCCAUUACACUGUCCAGUCUUCCCAUCCCACCGAUGAGUGGAUACCUCGCCAUCGCUUUCGGCGCUCUUGCCAUAAUAGUCGUCUAUGCCCGAUACCGUCUCAUCCCUGCUCGCUGGGUGCCAUACGUACCCAAUCUGUCGGUGUUUGGAUUGGCUUUCAUGGUACCGACAACUCRGUAUUCCAUCGCUAUGGCUGCUGGAGCGUUGGCGGCAUACAUAUGGCGUCGUCGGUGGCGCAGUUCCUACUCACGGAAUGGCUAUGCGGUGCCAGCUGGCCUUAUCGCGGGUGAAGGGAUUGGUGGGCUCGUAGCGGCUUUGCUGGAGAUUACUGGAGUCGGCGGGAGCGCCUAUGGCUCCGGCGUUGGGUGUGUAUUGGACACCUAUUGUGGCUGA